CCCAGACCUCCUCUUAUUUUAGAUUGUUUUGCUUUUGCUCCUGCGCAACGGAGCAGAUUUGCCUUCUUAUUUUCAAAUAUGUCGAUUAAAUUGCAACAUGACAGCUUCCUCCAUUCAAGCUCUUCAGAUCCAUGGCUAUCGGGGAAGCCAAUUAGAACCUGCACUUCCUUUAAACAAGUGGCUAAUUUGGAUCACCUCCUGGUAAACUGGGGUAGUUUGAGGAAGAGAUACGCUAUAAGGCUUGCUUCGUUGGAGAGGAAUAAUUACAGUUUUAACCACCGGUCAGUGGGAUAUAGGAACAACUAUUUAACAUCUCAUAAAUCAAGAAAAAUGGGACACCUCUGUCCUCUUGCAUCUGCUGAUGAUGGUGUAACUGUCAAUGGAAGUCCCCAAGCAACUACGAGUGGUGAGAUGGAUGGAAUGAGGGCCAAACUAAGUCAAUCACUUCAAGGUGAAGAUUAUAGUGAUGGACUUGUCCAGUCUUUGCAUGAGGCUGCCAGGAUUUUUGAGUUGGCAAUCAAACAACAGGAUUCAUUGUUAAAAAUAUCUUGGCUUUCAACUGCCUGGCUUGGUGUAGACAGGAAUGCAUGGAUGAAAACACUGUCUUAUCAGGCUUCUGUAUAUUCCUUAUUGCAAGCUGCAAGUGAGAUUUCAUCCCGAGGUGAUGGCAGAGACAGAGAUAUAAAUCGUGUUGUUCAAAGGAGUUUAUUACGGCUAUCAGCUCCACUGGAGAGCUUAAUCAGGGAUAAAUUAUCAGCCAAGCAACCUGAAGCUUUUGAAUGGUUUUGGUCCAAGCAAGUUCCAGUGUCAGUGACGUCCUUUGUCAAUUAUUUUGAAGGGAAUGUGCGCUUUACUGCUGCCACUGCUGUGUGUGGUAAAGGUAUGUCAUUGGGAUCAGGGAAUGCAACUGAUUUAUCACUCCUCAUGCUUGCCCUUACUUGCAUUGCUGCCAUUACAAAACUUGGACCGGCAAAAGUUUCUUGUCCACAAUUCUUUUCCAUGAUUCCAGAAAUAACUGGUAGAUUGAUGGACUUGCUGGUUGAUUUUAUGCCUAUACGCCAGGCUUACCAUUCUAUGAAGGAUAUUGGACUAUGCAGAGAAUUUCUUGUCCAUUUUGGUCCUCGAGCUGCAGCAUGUAGGGUAAAUAAUGAUUGGAAUUCAGAAGAGGUCAUUUUUUGGGUAAAUCUUGUACAGAAGCAACUGCAACGGGCUAUAGAUAGGGAGAAAAUAUGGUCAAGACUGACGACAUCUGAAAGUAUUGAGAUUUUGGAGAGGGAUUUGGCUAUAUUUGGAUUCUUUAUUGCCUUGGGCAGAAGUACAAAGUCCUUCCUAUCUGCUAGUGGUUAUGAUGUUAUAGAUGAUCCUAUUGAAGGCUUCAUUAGGUACCUUAUCGGGGGCAGUGUGUUAUACUAUCCUCAGCUUUCAUCAAUAAGUUCGUAUCAAUUGUAUGUUGAGGUAGUCUGCGAAGAGUUGGAUUGGUUGCCUUUUUAUCCAGGAAACAUUGGCACCCAAGGACAGUUACACGGCCAUAAAAGUAAAAGAGAAGGUCCUCCCAAUGCUGAAGCUAUCUCCCAAAUAAUUGAUGUUUGCUCUCAUUGGAUGCAGAGCUUUAUCAAACACAGUAAAUGGCUGGAGAAACCUUCUAACGUCAAGGCAGCAAAAUUCCUGUCUAGAGGGCACAACAAGUUGACGGAGUGCAUGGAAGAUUUGGGAAUGUUGAAGAAUAACUUGGUGGAAAGCAACAAUAAGAGUUCUUUUGAGAGGAGUGGAUCUAAGACUUAUUUGCCAACUAAGAAAGAGUCGGAUUCUUUUGACAAGGCAUUGGAGAGUGUAGAAGAAGCUCUUAUAAGACUAGAAAAGUUGCUUCAAGAGUUGCAUGUAUCAAGUUCCAGUUCUGGAAAAGAGCAUCUAAAAGCUGCUUGUUCUGACCUUGAGAAAAUAAGGAAGCUAAAAAAAGAGGCUGAAUUUUUUGAGGCAUCCUUCAGAGCGAAAGCAGCUUCCCUUCAGCAGGGAGAUGGAGACCGUAAUUCCCAGACAAGUUUGGGUGGGAAGCAACCGUACUUGAAAGUAAAAAACAGGAAUAGUACUAAUGUAUUGCUGGGCAAGAGCAACAGACUUUUCAAUAAAUCUGAUGGAUUGUGGAGCUCAUUUUUUAUGCGCCCUCCAGCCAUGAAGCCUGGUCCAGAGUCAACUAUGGAUGGAUCCGAAAAUGAAUGUGUGGGGCAGACUUCUUCCAAUAUUGAUGUUCCGGACUCAGAAUCUAAUGAAAUGUGGCGUUUUGAACUUCUAAGGAAUGAACUAAUAGAACUGGAAAAUCGUGUCCAAAGAAGUACUGAUCAAUCAGAUAAUGAGGAGGAGUAUAACGUUACAGAUGAUGGUGAUAAGUAUCAUGCUGAUGCAAGAGAUUCUCAAUUGGUCCAGGUCCAGAGGAAAGAAAGUAUCAUCGAAAAAUCAUUUGUCAAGCUGAAAGAAACCAGCACGGAUGUCUGGCAAGGAACCCAGCUUCUAGCUAUCGAUGUUGCUGCUUCUAUGGGGUUGCUCAGACGUGUCCUAGUAGGAGAUGAAUUGACUGGAAAGGAAAAGAAAGCUUUCAGAAGAACGAUGACCGACUUAGCAUCAGUUGUUCCAAUUGGCGUUUUGAUGCUUCUUCCUGUUACUGCAGUUGGACAUGCGGCCAUGUUGGCUGCCAUUCAGAGAUACGUACCGGCACUGAUACCAUCUACGUAUGGUCCCGAAAGAUUGGAUCUAUUGAGGCAACUUGAGAAAGUCAAAGAGAUGGAAACCAGUGAAGAAAAUCCAAAUGAAAAUUCAGAGGAACUAGCCUGACUAGAACCCAAUGCAAAUUAUGUACAGCCAGUGUUAUCGAUUAUGCAGUCGUAUUAUUUUUUUAAACGUUAAUCUCAGUUGGUUCUGAAUUCUUUCGACAACAGAUGAGCAUAUAGAAGUUCAUUCCAUGUGUCUGGCACUCCAGGCAGACACCAAUGGCUGCAGUCUUGUGAAGCUAGAGCUGGAGUCCCUGGCGCGCGAUUCUUUGAAGGAUGACCAUCUUUCCUAAAGUCUGUUAGACAGGUGAUGUUUAAGUAAUGGAUCGUCCUGUUACCAUUAUCCAUCUGUUUAAUUACAUUGAAGAUGAAUACAUUAUUCAGUGGUUCAGCUUCCA